AUGGCUUUCCUUUUGAGUCAGAGUCGGCCUUCUUCGCCUUCUCCUCGAGGUUCUAUAUAUCACGAGGAUGACGCUGCGGGGCCACGCCCAGCUGCUUCGUCCACCUAUUACGACGCCCAUGAAAUGGCUAGAGAAUCAGCCAAACCAUAUCUUGACAUUAUCCUCGACAGCCCGUUUCUCAUACUGAGAGGUCUCGGACCCGAUGUUGAGUCUACUCGCCUCUCCGGAAACGUUCUACUCUUCCUCACAGAGCCAACUUCCGUGAAAGAGAUUACUCUUCAAUUCAAAGGAAAGGCGAGGCUACCCACUUCAGCUUCAGAGUCGCUCUUGAACAAUGCUGCAACUACAUCAUAUACCGUAUGCACCCAUGAUUGGUCUUUUCUUGAGGGAGAGAGGAAACACAGUCACACCCUCAAAGCAGGCCGCCAUUUAUUUCCUUUCCAACUCGAGAUUGGUGGUUCUCUUCCCUCUAGCAUCGCUACCCACGGCUUUGGCGGUGCGUCAGUCUCGUACAAGCUACGAGCCAUUGCCUCUCGCUCCGGGUUGACGUCAUCCAGGCUCCAAGCCUUCAUGCCAGUCGUUAUCAUGCGGUCUUUUGCACACGGCGCCCUCGAGUACCAACAAACUCUUGAAAUAGAAAACUCCUGGCCCGAGAAGCUCAUGUACUCCAUUCUACUUCCACACAAAGCCUGGGCUGCGGGAGAUAAGCUAUCGGCCCUUGUUAAAUUCUCGCCGUUGUCAAAGGGGACGUCUGUCUCCCAUUUGACCACUUCAAUUCACGAAACGACGAAAAUCUUCGCUCGCAGUGGGCCACUAGAGAGCACGCGGACUAUUACUACCACCAGACACGAUAUCGUUAAUGGAAAAGCCGUUGAGGUGCCGAUAGACCGACCGCGGUCUACGUACGGUCGGAGCCGGUCAAAUACAGCUUCAGGCUCAGGCACCCCAAUGACACCCUUGAGUGUUGAAGCCUCACGGCAGUCUCCCAUGACGCCUGCUACCCAUUUGCCGCCCAUCUCCGAACCCUCUCUGUCCUCGUCGAAUGACGUCUCCCAAUCAUCACAAAGCCAGGAGGAUGAAGACCUACUUGUAGAGAACCAUGACAUUGUCACCCUUAUAUCUGUGGCUCUCCCAACCACAUUAACCCCUUCACACGCCGUCGAACCUAUUAAUAUCACACAUCGCGUUCGCUGGAGUAUCUUUAUUCUCAAUCCCGACGGACACACAUCGGAAUUACGGUGCUCACUCCCGCUCUAUGUCCUUGACAACAAUCUUCUGGAGGAAGCCCACGCCUUCAGCGCGGCUACGCGGCGGCUGGUACUAAGUGUGUUGACUGCCAACGAUCCCGAUGAAGAAGGCGUCGCACAUAGGGUUUCAGAGCUCGAGGACGAGGACAGGGAGCUGCCCAGCUACAAUAUGCAUAUCCGGGACCGUGUAGCGAACAUGUUCCUCCCAGAAGGCCAAGUCCUUCGUGUGACCAACCCAUGGGUGACACAUCAUACGAGUCCAACUGUCGCUCCUGGGGCAGAGGCGCCGCAUGAGAUAUACAUGUACUCGGAUCCACAACCACGGCGGUCGGGGUACUCGUCUCCCGCGCUUGAUUCGGAGAGGUUUUCGCAGCUGCCUCAUGCGCCCACCUCGAGGGACAGGACGACCUUGGAUUGGGUCAACUCGGAGCUUUUGUUAUCCCUCAGUGAUACGCCUCCGCGGCGGGCGGAGCAUGAGAUAGAAUCUACGCACACGUCGCCUGAAGAGGAUCGGUCGAGGUCACAUAGUCGGUGGUCGAGUCGUCCGCACAGUCGUGCACCGAGUCCGGAGCGUACGACAACCGUCCAUCAUGGCAAUGGUUCUGGAAGCGGUGCUACUUCCCCCGCUGGGCUUUCGCCUGGGUUUGGGGCGAGCAUGGAGAGACAGCAGUCUGAGUCGUUCAUGCAGACGAGCAGGAAUUUGCAGAGUUUGCUGAAGGCUACUAUGAAGCCCUUUACUUCGCUUGGUGGUGGACAUCAACAAUCGCAUCAUCAUCAUGGGCCAUUCACGCGUUCAUUCCAUUCGCAUAUGCAUCAUUCGGUCCAUUCAUCUCAAUUUAACACGUUGCAACAUCCACACCCAUCGUCAUCCUCAUCAGCUAUACCACCACUAAACCCCAUCCCCAGCUACGAGCGCACAAGUGGCGGACCACAGCGCGUGAACACCGUGCAGCACGCCGACCCUGCGAACAGCGGCCCUUCGCUCCUUCACCGUGCGUUCACGGAAGUACCAGACUACUCCAUUGCAGCCCGCGGGUUCCUGGGUGGUGUCCCACCUCUAACAAGCAUGCGCGGGCUUCCUUCGUACGAGGAGUCGGAGUUGAGGAUUGGGGAAGGCGGGGAGGGGAUGCGCGGUAGGACGAGUGCGAGUGAUUCGAAUUUGGUGGGGAGGUUUGAGCGUGGGGUGGUGAUUAGUCGGGAGGAAGGGGAGGAGGAGGGAGAGGAAGUGGUGCGAGGGGUGCAGUCGAGGAGCAGGAUUGCGAUGGAUUUGGAGGGUGUGAAUUAUUGCUCGUCCAGAGGGCAGUAUCAUACGAGAGAGAGGAGUGGGUUGAAUGGUUCGUCGACGGUGCUGGGGUCGUAA